AUGAAUAUUUUUAAUGCUAGAUGUUGUCUUUUAACUUUAUUUUUUUUUCUUUUCGAGAAAAAAUUUUGCAAAAGGGAUGCCGCCUUAAAUUACGUUUUUUCCCAUGAAAGUGAGGAACGUAAGGGUAGCGCAGGGACAUUUGCAUUGAGCAAUGAACCCAUUUAUUACGCCCCUAGUGGGGGGAUGGCGUCGUGCGCGACCAUCAACAGACAGUUAAGCGAGGAUGAAGAGGAUAGCGAUGAAGCUGACAGUGAAGACAGAGAUGACGGUGGCAGCUUUCCCGGGAGAAGUUCUCCAUACGAAGAAGGAAAAAAGAGUGACCUUGUUAACGAUACACCCAAGGAUAACCUCGACGGAGAUUUGGAUGAAGAUACCGCAGAAGAUGGAGAAGCGAAGAGAAAGAUGAGUAAGAAGGAGGAAGAGGAGGAGGAUAAAAAAAUUGACAAUUUGGUAAAUGCGGAAAUGAUAAAGCACGAAGCGGACAAUAAUUCCGACGAGGAAUUGGACGCAGAACCAGACAAGGAGGGCCACGGAAGUGCCCAACGAAGUGCCCAAGGACGAAGGCCAAGGAUGAGAUGUUCAAACAAGCUAAAUUACAUAGAGGUGACGGCGAAUGAGCAAGGGGGAAAUGACCUAUUUAGCGAAAACGAUGAGGAGAGUGGCCCAGAUUUCGUGGAAAUACCCCAUAAGGCUAAGGAAGAUAUUAACGGUAUGCCAACUAAGCACAACGAAAGGGAAGAAGCACAUGACCGUAUUGACCGAGCGGAAAAAGAAACAAACACGAAGGACCUAAAAUUUGUGGAGGGGAAUGUCUUCAUGCAGGAGGGAGAAAAACACAGCGAAGUUUUAACUGACUCAAUUAAGGAACAAGAAAGAAGAAGGAGUAGUUCUUCCUCAUCCAAUGGACAUAUACAAAACAAUUUUGUCGACCUCAAAAUAAUACCUGAUAAAUUACCCCUUCAUUUUACCAACUCCUCUGGUACCCUAUACCACAAAAACAUGGAGAAAGAUGUACAUAAGCAUUUACCCUGGUCUAUCCUACCACCGGACUCUCCUUCCAACCGAGGGUCUUUGGCAGAUGUCAACAGUAGUGCGUACAAUGUGAGUCCAUUCAGCUUCAUCUCAAUACAUACUCAUAAUGCUUUGCACCUAAUGCCCAUGAAUUUUCAAGUCCAGAAUUCCAUCAUGAGGAUAAGUGAUGAGGCGUUUGACAAAUUACAGCUUAAAAACAGUGUCCAUGUGUAUGACAAAAAUGAAUUGGUAGACUAUAAGUAUGAGAACUUUGAGGUGAAGGAAGGAGAAGAAUAUAAUGACGGGAAUGAGUUGAAUGAGGAGAAGGAUGUGGGAGAGAGGGGUUCUGAUGGGGAGGCAGAUGAAAAUACAGAUUCGAAUUCAGAUCAGAACAACAAUUCGGAGGGACGUGGAUUCUUCGAUGGAACCUUGGUCACCUACACCAUUGUCAUUUUAAUAGGUGUUAUAAUUCUGCUCCUAAGUUUUGUCAUUUAUUACUACGACUUAAUAAACAAGGUGAAGAGGCGAAUGAGUGCAAAGAGGAAGAACAACAAAUCUAUGACCAUCGCGAAUGAUAAUUCUGCAGGGAUGUACAUGGACAACGCCUACAAGGAGAGUCCCCAUGUUUGA